AUGGCAAACCUACACUUGGAACCUGGGAAGGUUCUCUGGAUUGCUGUACAAAGUACAUCCAAAGGUAAUUUACGACUUCUACGAACUCUUGUGUCGCGAUAUCGAAAUGUUCUGCGCAAUGAUCUUAUUUUCCGCAUACUUCUUACCCAUCUUUCAGAGUCUUUGGAUCCUUCCAACUAUGUGCCACUUAUACAGGAUCUCGUAUCGGAGAAUCUUAAGGACGAUCCCAAAGAUACGAUUGAUUUGAGUGAGAUCAAGGGAAUUAACCCCGCGGAAGAUAAUAUGAAAGCUCGGAAACUACACCUUCUCCCUCUAUUAUGGAAAGAUGCGCCGUUGGAUGUCCCCGAAGAUCAUCUGGUUAUGUUUUUGAUGCAACGAGCAUUACGUAUUGACUCAGAAACUGGUUUGCUGAGUCAAGUCCCAGCAUUAUUGGCACCUUUCUUAUCCCAUUCAUCGUAUCUACGAACCUGGACCAUUUCCACCAUUUUACCCCUCCUCCGUCUCAAUUGCGAAUAUCACCCGGACACCCAACCGAUUCUCACCAUACGCGAGUUUGAAGCUUUGGAUGAUAUCAAAGGAACGAAGCAUUUGCUAUCAAGAACAGGGAAGGAUUCUAGUACAUCGGGCGAGGAGAAUAAAUCUAUAGGACGAGACUUGCGUGGAAUAAUUGGGCCAUGGCUUUAUGGAGACAAUAGAUGGAAGCAAAGAAAAGUUCAGAAUGAGGUUUCAGGGCAGUCACAAGCAGCAGCAGCAGCAGCCACUUCGUUGGAAAAAGCAGGAAUCAUAAAUCAUAAAUAUGCUGGUUGGGAAUUGAUAUUUGCAUGGAUUACUGCUGAAGCAGGUAUAUCAUGGGAAACGGCCGUGAAAGCCAUAGAACAAUGGGAUGGACCGGGAGACGUAGAUCUAGGAGGUUUUGAAGAUGGAACGCAAUGGUUGGACGAAGAAGAUCAACGGCAUUUAGAGCAACGAUACGCAAAAGCAGCUCUUGCCACAGCCUAUCUUGUGCCUGAAAGCUCCAUUGAGGCUUUGACAGGUGUUCAUCGAAUUAUUUCCCGUAUCAUCACAUUACUUGAUCUUGAUAAGAUGCCUACAUUGGAGGCAGCUGCUGCCAUAUUAAAUCCUGUGCCUAGCUUCGAGAAAAGUAACCAUUUGUCCCUCACGAACGCAAAAUAUCUUCGAAACGAUCAUUUGGAAGAGGAGAAUACUUUGACGAAACCAAACGAACCAUCUAUUAAUUUACUUCGGGCUCUACUUAUUAGUGCAUAUCUUUUUACAAGAGUAGGAGAGGGAUGCACCGUUAAGAGAGCUGGAGAGCUUGCUUUGCUUCAGGAUGAACGUGAGCAAAUGAUCGCAUUCAGGGCAUUUAUCUCCGUAAUCAAUAACCGCCCUGGUCGUGACGAUCGAUUUUGGAACAAACUGAGGAAUGAAUUAUUAUGGUUACGGAACUGGGGAGUAGAAGAGGUUGAGGACUUCACCAGCACCAGUCAUGGAAGAGGUGUCUUCGGCCAGCUUGCUAAAGAGUUUAUCGAAAUGGAAGUCUUCAAACUUCUUCUUGCCAAUCACCAAUAUACGCUUGCUCAAUCUAUUUAUGAGACCUCACCCGAAAAGUCGUUUUCGAAGGAGCUCUUGCAGAGUGCCAUCUUCACCGCAGCCGAAAACGCCUACGAUAAUGCCUCAAAUCCUAACAAAUCUAGAGGUGGUGUCAAGAAAUGCAAUGACAUUCUCAAUGCUUUCCCAGAUACCAUACGAGGCCAUCCCCGAGCUCAAGAACUGCACAAUCUCAUACUCGUCACAGAUGAGAUAGGCAAGUACAGUUUAGUGUUAAAACAAGGACAACCUUUCCUACCAGUUAGUUUACGUGUGAGCGGUGAUCCUUUAUCAAUCUUGAAUAAGAUGCUCGAACAGAAUGAUAAAAGCUAUACACAAAUCAAUGAUUUUGUACGCAUGGGUCAAGGAAUGGUCAAGGCAGGUUUAGCCUUACAACUUCCAGAGGGGACAUCUGCCGAGUCUGAUGCUUCAGAGCUGGAAGAAAAACUAAAAGUCGUUGAAAAGCGUGUAAUCAGUAUGUGUAUUGAUGCUGCCCUCGCGGAAGACGAUUUCGAAACGGCUUAUUCCUAUGUCGUUACCCGUCUCAAAAAAAUUGGUCGCCAAGCACAUUGUCGUGCUCCAGAAGUUGAGGGAACUAAAGCCGCAUUAUUUUCUCAAAGCCAACCUAAGAGAAUUGACGAUUGGUCAUGGCGAGCAGCUUUACAAGCAGGCAAAUAUCGUCGAAAUGCUCAAACGAUACGAGCCUCUCACCUCGGUAAUACUAGUGGAAAUCCAGAUAUUAGACAUUUACAACAGAGGAUGGAUUGCUUGGCUCAAGCUCUACGACUGGCGCCAAAGAACACUUUGCAGGAGAUCCUCAAUGCGUAUCGUAGAUGUGAGGAAGAACUCGAAACACAUCUCAGACAAGAGGCAGAACAGGAGGAAGCUUGGGAUGAGAAGGGUGACAUCAAUAAUAUGCCAGGUGGUUAUGCGGCUACACCUAUCAGAAAAUACACCAAUGUCAGGACUAUCCGGAGGAACAAGAAUGAAGAGGCGCCUCUAUCCUUCCUUGAUCUCUCAAAAGAAAGUAUCACUCGUGCACAGACAGGAUUAUCCGCACUCUCAAUGUUCAGGGGGAAAUCACAACGUGCGGACCCGUUGAGUGAUAACCAUAACAUGCCCAUGCAAAUAGAUGAACCUGAUCCAGCUCCAGUUCUUACUAGAACUUCAAGUGAAAGAACCUCGAUUAGGAAGAGAGAUCAAAUUCGAAAUGCUGCUGUCGGUACCUUAGCUGGUGGGAUUGGUUGGUUGAUCAACGCGCCGUCAGUUCAAAACUCUAAUGCUGAAUCAUCCGCACGUGGAAAUGAGCAUUCGAGAAACUCGAGCGGAAGUGCAAGUAAUAGUCGCGAGGGUAUUGAACAGAAAGAGAAAAAGAAAGACAAGGAAGAAAUUCUUUGGGAUAAUGAGGAUGAAUGGUAA